AUGCAGCUGAACACGCUGUUGGACGCGGUGCGGAACAUGUCGCCUAGCAGCCAGAACACCAUCAGGUUCAAGCUGGAUGGAAAAUUGAAUGAAAUCCAAGUGAACUCGAACAGUGACAAGGAUUCCCAAGAAGGCGAAUCUACCCCUUAUACAAAACAGAGUCAAGCCACAGUUUCGGAGAAGACAUAUGACCUUGACCCUUCUGUUACGGGUAAAGAGCUGGUACCAGUUGGGCGACACCUUGAGCUAGAGCGUCCGCGGGGGGUCGACCGAAGUGGGAUCUUCGAUGGCGGAAGCUUGUCUCCAAUAAUGGACGAACUUGAGUCAACAUCGGAGGGCAAACCCUACGGUAGCACAGCAGAUAAGGAUGACAGGUUGACACUGGAGACAGGACAGAAGCAUUGGUUUGUGUUGUUUGUGGCAAGUCGUUAUGUGCUUAUCCAUGUCUUCCUCCGACAGCAGCGCCACCUAGCAGGUCCACGCGGAACUACUGUAGCUGUUGUAGACACAGCUGAUGAUGUGACUGGCAGCAAUGACAGCAAGUCCUCUGCUCCACAUCCAACGGAAUCAGUCAAGCGGGCUACGAUCCCUUCCGCGACAGUGUCCACGUCUAAUUGGAGUGACCCCUCCUUCAGCAUUGACUUACCUCCCCUUGUGCCACAACAACAUCUCACGGUGGCUGAGAAGAAGAAACCGCAAUGGGCACGGGAGAGAGCGGAGUUUGAAUCCUGCUAUGACCCCUGGGGUCGUCGGAGUAGAAACAAGACGAGGCAUUCCGUGAGUCGAGCCGGUAGCAUCCUUACAGAUUAUCCAGUGAUGGAGGAUGAGAACAAGGUGCUGCUGAAGAUGCAGGAGAGAUCCAAGUGGCUGGCAGAGCUCGAGAAACAGCGAGAAGAACAGCGGCUUCAGAGGUUUGAGCGACUGGAAGCUGACCGAGAGGCACAUCAGAACUCCUUCAUCGACAAGUUCUCGAGAGACCGGAAGCCUGUUGCACUACCGUCUCAGAUCAAUAUUCAGAAAGAUAGAUCUGUUGUAACUACGAUGCCUUCAAGACACAGAACAGUAAACUUCCAACACAACUAGGUUCUGUACAUGAUGACUCCAGCAUGGUGCCACGCACAUGCAGCAGACGUCACAUCCUUACCGUGAUGACAUCCUUACCGUGAUGACAUCCUUACCGUGACAUCCUUACCGUGAUGACAUCCUUACCUUGAUGACAUCCUUACCGUGAUGACAUCCUUACCGUGAUGACAUCCUUACCGUGAUGAUAUCCUUACCUAGUCAGCUUGCUGAUGGGGUUAACAUCUUUGGUCAUCUGGGCAAAUACAUCUGACUUCAGAUCAGAAGGUCAUUGUUCUGAUCCCAUUACCGGACUCGUACAGUUUAUGGCUGCUACACACAGAGAUUCAACAUGACCAAGACUAUAUGUGUAAAUCUAUCUUCGUUCUUCAAAUGUGAUAUGCAUACUUACAGAUUUAAGGAAGCCAUUUAAAGUAGUCAGUGCCGUAGCCAGCCGGGGGGGGGGGGGGGGGGGCAGGGGGAACAGUUGCCCCCCCUGUAUUUUUUUAUAGAAAACAGUUUUAUUUGCAUCAUGAAAAUACAAGUUGGGGACAAGUGAUACUUGUACAAAUAUUUGCCCCCCCUGUCAAAAAGAGUUAACUACAGCCUUGGUAGUACUGUAUUAUCUGGAACGUAUGUUUGUAUGGUUCUGCCCUAAAGCUCCGGUAUGAUAUGACAGUAAGCCCUAUCCACUGAUGUAUGACUAACAGUUGUAUUUAUUAUAAGUUUAGAGUUGGGAAUGUUCAACAUUGUUUUCAAACAGUUGUCAGUUAAAACAAUUGAACAAGUUUAUUUGUUGUGAUUCAAAUACUUUUUUAGACAUUUGCAUUUGGGGGAACAAUUUGAGAUGACAGUGUGGAUAGAAUUAACCUGGACAAUAUGAAGUCUCACGGUAAUUGACUAUAAUUCAUGUGAUGUUGCAUAAACAACAUGAUUGUAACAAUUCUGUGAAGUGCUGACCUGUAUUUCGGCAGCAUGAAGGUGAUCGUGUUCAUUGACAGAUCAUGAUAUGUUUCAUUGUUUCUGUGUACAAAGUUCUAACUUUUCGGGAACACUUUGCUCAUUUUCGAUUCAUCCAUGAAAUUAUUUGGUAGGCCUGGCAGUGGGUAGUUGUCAUGGUUACAUAUCUUUUUGAUGGGCAAAGCAUUGCAUGGAUACAGUUGCUAUAGCAGGGAGCUGUUUGGAAGUUUGAUGAUGGAUGAAUCUUUGUGAGUGGAAAGUCGCCAGGUCUGUGUGUUUUGAUCAACAUUUCACUGUUUUCACAGUUCAAGGCAAUAAUUAUACAGCUAUUAUCGUCAUAUUUAAAAUCUGAAAAGGAACAGCAUCUCCCUUUUAGGUAAAACUUUCUGAAAUACAAGAAAGAUUAUGCCAUUUUAACAACCUUCUUAGGUCUUUUGGUGUUGGGCCACCAUGGUAUUGUUCUCCUAAUGGGGUGUGUAAUAAUAACAUUCAUGCAAUGAUAUAUAACUAUAGGAUGGUGUUUUUCUUCUUGGAGGAUGUCAACAUUUCACGUUUGUCAUUACUCUACCUUCAAAAUUGCAGUUCUUGUCCGAUAGAGCCCUCGAUAUAUUAACUGACUCAGCUGGACGAAGGUGGGGAGUCCUUAUGCUAUAAGAUGCUCUUAUUGUAUUUGAGACGGAAUGCAAAACUUUGUCAAGAACUGGUGAUAAUGUCGUUCAUGAAAGAACAGUGGAAUUCAUUUUGACUUUUCUAGCACCUUAUCAUUCAAACCAGACUCAAGACAAAGCUCUGGAGGUGAAUGUGUGCAUGGUAUUUAUUGUAAUAGAAUGGUGAUACAUGUGUUUUACAGCUGAUAAUCGAGGAUGGAGUUUAUGUGCAGAAGAUGUGAGAUAUGCUGAUUGCCUCAUCUUGUUGGUAUAUUUAUUUAUGUUUUGCUAGAUUACCAAAUAUUACACAGUUGCCAUUACAUCCCAUCUUCCUGAGGCAAGGGAGUUAACUGACUUUAAAAGUCCAGUUAUCACCCUUGCCGAACUAGGCUGGAAUUUCUUGGCUCGAUUGUAGUGCCACCAAUGGCUAAUACGAGUUAUGUUCCAUCUGUGUUUCCCAACCAACCAAUCAGAUUCCUCCUCUCAUAGUGCUUGCAUUUCCUUCUAACAAAAUGGCAGCGCCCAGUCAAGACGAUCUCAUCAAUAAUAAAUAUCUUUUUGUAAUUAAAACAGUGUUUUACCUUGCAAAGUGCAUUUAAUCACUUGAUAACAGUUGAUUAAAAACAUGAAAAGAUCUUGAAAACUUGUGUCGAUGCCCGGUUAAUGUUACACUUGCUCUGCAAAUCCUGCAAUCAAAUGAAUUCGGUAUGGCAGUUGCCAUGCUAUUUAACUAGAUGUUGAUUUCAUUACAAGAUUUUGAUUGGACUAUGUAUAGACUUGUUAGUCUAGCCAAAAUGUAACUCCAUAAUUCCAGGCUAGUUUGGCAAGGAUGGAAACUGGACUUUUACAGUCAGUUAACUCCCUUGCCUGAGGAAGAUGUUACAUCAAUGUUGAUGAAUAUAGAGCUUUAACACAUUUUGAUAUACUAUGUUGUUUUACAUGUAUUGUUGUCAUGCCCAUCACAAAACAAUUGCUAAUGAUCUUUUCAACAAAAACAUCAACAGCAAACAAAAUCACUGGUGAAAUCUGUUGACCAUUCUGAUUCACAGCAUAUCUUUAAAUGUCUGAUCCACACCUCUGUACUUCAUGUCAUUAAUCACUGAUCCAAACCUCUGUACUUCAUGGCAUUUAUGUCUGAUCCAAACCUCUGUACUUCAUGUCAUUUAUGUCUGAUCCAGACCUCUGUACUUCAUGUCAUUAAUGUCUGAUCCAAACCUCUGUACUUCAUGUCAUUUAUGUCUGAUCCAAACCUCUGUACUUCAUGUCAUUAAUGUCUGAUCCAAACCUCUGUACUUCAUGUCAUUUAUGUCUGAUCCAAACCUCUGUACUUCAUGUCAUUAAUGUCUGAUCCAAACCUCUGUACUUCAUGUUAUUUAUGUCUGAUCCAAACCUCUGUACUUCAUGUCAUUAAUGUCUGAUCCAAACCUCUGUACUUCAUGUCAUUUAUGUCUGAUCCAAACCUCUGUACUUCAUGUCAUUAAUGUCUGAUCCAAACCUCUGUUCUUCAUGUCAUUUAUGUCUGAUCCAAACCUCUGUACUUCAUGUCAUUAAUGUCUGAU